AUGGAUCACAGUGCAAAAUUAAACGCAUGUUCCUACUGCACAAACAAUGCAUAUGAUCGAUUCAAAGCAAGAGCUUCUUCGGCAUCAUGUUUCUGCUGCGAGUUCCUCUUCUCAAAAAGCGAUGUUUCAGCACCGCUGCUGAUGAUUCUGCUGGUUCAUCGAGCCAGUCACGUUUGCUCCUUGAACCUUCAAAAGUGGAAAAUCACCCCAGAUUGGGUUGCACUCCUCGACCAGUCAAUCAGUACUUGGAAAGACCAGGUGCGACAAGUGCUUCUCAUGUCUGUGGUACAACUUUGUUUUUGA